AUGUCCGGUACAGCAUACCAUGCCCUGAUCCGAACGCAUCACAUCACGUCUAGGAAGAAGGUUGCCCGACUCAAAGCCGCCGCCAAACAGUUCCAAUGCUACGCUCUGCUUCGGUCCGGGGGGAUUCCUGGCGUUAUGUAUGUACGAGGCAGUGAUCGAUCCAAUGUCCAGAAGUGGGUCGACACGGUUCAUGACCUGAGAUACAAAGACUACCAAUUGGCAGCGCCUGUCCAUGCUGUUCCAUCCGAGCUUUGGCGGGAUAGUCCUCAACAGGACGAUGACGGGCUGGGUUGUCUAGAAGAAGUCGCGACGGUCAAGGAAAUGGCUACACGCAUGGAGGCGAGAGGACUUCAGCGGUGGUGGCGGGUCGCCAUGGGAUUCAUGCAGGCAUAA